AUGACUCGACCCUUGCCUAAUCUGAACCAAGCUUAUGCUAUGAUAGUUAAUGUGGAGAGUGAAAGAGUUAAUGGAAAAGUUGUAUUUGCUGAAGGUAAUGAAACUGCUAUGAGGAGUAAUAAGGUGUAUACUGGAGGUUAUAAUAGUGGAGGACAGACUAACAAUAAUCCUAAUGGAGGUUAUACAGGUGGAUAUAAUGGUGGAGGACAAACUAACACUAAUUUCAGUGGAGGCUAUAGACCUAGAAACUCAUUUAGUAAAGGUGUUGUUUGGUGUGACUACUGUAAAUAUAAGGGUCACACUAGAGAAAACUGUUUUAAGCUUCAUGGUUAUCCAUCUGACUUCAAAAAUAAGAGAAAAGGAGGGGCACAAAAUGCCCAGGCUAACAGUGUGACAAGUUCUGGUGUUCCAACUUCAGAGAUACAGGGUCAAGGACAUCAGACACCAACCUCUCCAGCUUACUUAUUUACUCAGGAACAGUACCAGCAGAUUCUGCAUUUGCUGAACAAGGGUAAGGAAGCUAAACCUAUUGCCAAUGCUGUCACUACAGGAACAACAUGUAGUAUACAUGCAUGUAUGACAAGCUUGAUGCAUAGGAACUGGAUUAUAGACACAGGAGUAACAAACCAUAUGGAACUCUCAAGUGGGAAGGUGUUGGGGAUUGGUAAGGAAGAGUUGGGUCUGUACAUUCUCAAGGCAGAAGACAGAACAAUACUCAAUCACCAAGGCACUCAUUCCAAUUCAAUUGUACAUACCAUUCCAGGUGACACCAAUAAAUGUAGUAAUCUAGCAAAUAAUAAGACUUGUGUUGUAUCUUCUUUGUGGCAUCAAAGAUUAGGACAUGCUCCUUUAAAGGUUUUGAGAUCGGUAGAUGCUUUGCAUAAUAUGCAGCUGAAGGAACAUCAUUGUACCGUGUGUCCUAUAGCUAAGCAAUCAAGACUACCUUUCCCUACUAGUUCUUCUUGCUCUAAGUAUAUCUUUGAUAUUGUACAGGGUGAUGUUUGGGGACCCUAUAGGGUGCCAACACAUGAUGGCAAGAGAUAUUUUUUGACCUUGGUAGAUGAUUACUCUAGAUACACCUGGCUAUUUUUACUGCAUUCUAAGUCAGAUACAGUUGAGGUGAUCAAAAGCUUUAUAGCAAUGGUUUCAACACAGUUUGAUCACAGACUCAAAUGUCUAAGAACAGACAAUUGCACAAAGUUCUUUAAUGACCAAAUGCAGAUCUUGUUAAAGACUCAAGGUAUAGUACAUCAAAGUUCUUUCACAUAUACCCCUCAACAGAAUGGGGUCGUUGAGAGAAAGCACAGGUCUAUCCUAGACAUGGCUAGAGCACUCAGAGUUGUAGAACAACCUACACAACCAAGUGUUGGCCUUGAUGAUUCUUCUUCUGCUGAUGCUGAGUUUCCUGCAGCCUCAUCUAGCCAUCACUCUACUGAUGAAGUUGAAACUUCUUCUUCCUCUAUCUCAGCUCCUCUAGAUCUUGCUAUUGUGGAACCCAAAUCCUUCUCAGAAGCCAGUAGGGAUCCCAAGUGGGUUGAGGCUAUGCAAGCUGAAAUCAUAGCUCUUGAAGAAAAUAGCACUUGCUCUAUUGUUCUUCUCCCUCCUAGCAAGGUUCCUAUAAGUUGUGAGUGGGUGUUUCAAGUCAAAUACAAGUCAUCUGGUGAAGUGGAGAGGUAUAAGGCCAGGUUGGUGGCCAAAGGUUACAGUCAACAAGAAGGAUAA